AUGGCCUCAAAUGAGAGAGAUGCUAUAUCGUGGUACCAAAAGAAGAUUGGAGCAUAUGAUCAGCAGAUAUGGGAAAAGUCAAUCGAACAGACUCAGAUUAAGGGCUUCAAAAACAAACCAAAAAAGAUGGGUCACAUAAAGGCAGACUUGAUUGAUGUUGACUUAAUCAGAGGCUCAACAUUUGCCAAAGCCAAACCUGAAAUUCCAUGGACAUCUCUGACUCGGAAGGGGCUUGUUCGAGUUGUAUUUUUUCCACUCUUCAGCAGUUGGUGGAUUCAAGUUACCUCUUUAAGAAUCUUUGUUUGGCUGCUACUGCUUUACCUCAUGCAAGUGAUAGCACUCGUGUUAUAUUUUAUGAUGCCUAUCGUGAAUGUAAGUGAAGUCCUCGGACCCUUGUGCCUUAUGUUACUCAUGGGAACUGUCCACUGUCAAAUUGUGUCUACUCAGAUAACAAGGCCAUCAGGGAACAACGGAAAUCGGAGAAGAAGAAAAUUACGAAAAACUGUGAAUGGUGAUGGGAGCCGAGAAAAUGGAAAUAACUCCUCUGAUAAAGCCAGAGGAGUGGAAACUUUGGAAUCUGCACCCCUUAAUGGUAGUUUUUGGAGGACUCUCUUUGGCAACAGGAUGAAAAGAGUUAAAUUAAUAUGUAACAGAGGGACGGAAACUGACUAUGAUUCAGGUUGUCUGCAUCCUAUCAUCAAGAAGAGACAGUGUCGACCAGAGAUCAGAAUGUGGCAAACAAGACAGAAAGCAAAAUUUUCCGAUGGAGAAAAGGGCCAUAGGGAGUCCUUUAGGCAUUUGGGUAAUGGGAUUUCAGAUGAUCUGUCAAGUGAGGAUGACGGCGAAGCCCAGACACAGAUGAUGAUACUGCGGAGGAGUGUGGAAGGGGCCUCAAGUGACAACGGUUGUGAAAUUAAGAGUAGAAAAUCAAUACUUUCAAGACACCUAAACACUCAGGUAAAAAAGACCACUUCCAAGUGGUGCCCUGUUGUGCGGGAUUCAGAUAGUCUGGCUGAAUCGGAGUUUGAAUCAGCAGCCUUCAGUCAGGGCUCUAGGUCUGGCACGAGUGGUGGCUCCCGAAGCCUCAACAUGGUGAGAAGAGAUUCGGAGAGCACCCGCCACGACUCGGAGACAGAGGACAUGUUAUGGGAUGACCUGCUGCAUGGCCCUGAGUGCCGGUCAUCUGUCACCAGCGACAGUGAGGGAGCACAUGUGAACUCCUUUCACUCAGGGACCAAACGGGAUCCCAAAGAGGAUGUUUUCCAGCAGAACCAUUUAUUCUGGCUUCAGAACUCAAGUCCUGCCUCUGAUCGAGUUAGUGCAAUAAUCUGGGAAGGGAAUGAGUGCAAAAAGAUGGAUAUGUCUGUGUUGGAAAUAAGUGGCAUCAUCAUGAGCAGGGUUAAUGCAUAUCAGCAAGGAGUAGGUUAUCAGAUGCUGGGAAAUGUCGUCACCAUUGGAUUAGCAUUUUUCCCUUUUUUACAUCGGCUGUUCCGUGAGAAGAGCCUUGACCAGCUAAAGUCCAUCUCAGCUGAGGAGAUCUUGACUCUCUUUUGUGGGGCACCACCUGUUACACCUAUUAUUAUUUUGUCUAUAAUUAACUUUUUUGAGCGACUGUGUCUUACCUGGAUGUUUUUUUUCAUGAUGUGUGUGGCAGAGAGAACAUAUAAACAGAGAUUUUUAUUUGCAAAACUCUUCAGCCAUAUUACUUCUGCCAGGAAAGCUAGGAAAUAUGAAAUACCUCAUUUCAGACUUAAAAAGGUGGAGAACAUUAAGAUAUGGUUAUCACUGCGUUCCUUUCUAAAGAGACGGGGCCCACAGCGAUCAGUGGAUGUGGUUGUGUCUUCCGUCUUCCUACUGACACUUUCCAUUGCUUUCAUUUGUUGUGCCCAGGUACUCCGUGGACAUAAAACUUUCCUAAAUGAUGCUUAUAAUUGGGAGUUUUUGAUUUGGGAAUCAGCUUUACUACUUUUCUUACUGCGCUUAGCCUCACUGGGGUCUGAAACCAAUAAGAAAUACAGCAAUGUCUCAAUAUUACUUACUGAACAGAUUAAUUUAUAUCUUAAAAUGGAAAAAAAGCCGAAUAAGAAAGAACAGCUUACCCUAGUAAACAAUGUGUUAAAGCUGUCCACCAAGUUGUUAAAAGAGCUGGACACACCAUUUAGACUCUAUGGACUGACAAUGAAUCCCUUAAUCUACAAUAUCACACGAGUAGUUAUCCUUUCUGCAGUCUCAGGUGUUAUAAGUGAUCUUCUAGGAUUUAACAUAAGAUUAUUGGUGUGCAUCUUGAAUAAUGAAGUUUGA